AUGGCGCCGGAAAUCCCGAACGAUAUCGUCCUCUACUGGUAUCCGUUUUCUCCGUACGCCUAUCGGAUAUAUUGGUAUCUCCUCCUGCGGGGAAUCAAAUUUGCUUCAUGUAUCCAACCGCAUAUGCUUCCUCGCCCUGACCUGAAAGCCUUGAACGUUGAAUACCGGCGCAUCCCUAUUUUGAGCAUUGGCAAGGACAUCUACCUUGACAGCCGUCAUAUCCUCUCCAAGCUUGAGACCCUCUUCCCGGGGAGUGAACUCAGCCCUCGCACGCCGGAGCAUCGUUUGAUCCAGAAGCUGUUGGACCGAUGGACAACGAAUGGGUCGGUCUUCGGCAUAGCCGCGCAGAUGAUCCCUGCAGAUUCGCCAGCGAUGCGCGAUCCCAAGUUCAUCAAGGAUAGGAACGACGGUGGUAUGAAAAUUCUUGCUGGUGAAGCGAGAAAACGCAUGCGGCCUGAAGCUAUUGUCGCGAUGAGAGAUUGCUUUGACAUCUUGGAGAACACGAUCCUGGCCGAUGGUAGAAUGUGGGUUUUCGGUGGCAAUCGCCCAAGUCUGGGUGAUAUUGAAGCACUGUGGCCCUUUGCCUGGGUGAUGGGUAUGCCAGGCGCCCUCCCAGAUGCGAUUUCUGCAAAGACAUUCCCAAGAGUCUUCUCGUGGGCCUCUCGGUUCAACGCCGUGAUCAAAGAUAUCAAGUCGGCACAGUCGGUAUCAGUGGAUAUCAAGGGGAAAGAUGUCGUGGAGUACAUGGAAAGUGCUCAGUAUGCCGAACCAAGUGCCAAUGUGGAUGAGAAUGACCCCUUGGGGUUAAGUCGUGGAGAACUUGUGGAGGUGUACCCGACUGACUACGGAUUUUCCCACAAGGAUAGAGGAAAGUUACUGACCUUGACGCCUUAUGAAGCUGUCAUCACCAAGCAGUUGAACAGCGGUACUGAAUUCCGGGUCCAUGUCCCUCGAUGGGGCUAUAGGAUCACGAAGGUUAAAGAAGGUGGUGACCUUGCAAAGAUCUAG